UGUUGUUGAGCGAGAAGGGGGAGCGCGCAGAAAGCAGCUACGCAGGAGAGAGGGGCAGAAGCCGAAUGGUGGAGCUGAAGAUGGCGGAUGGAGACAGCGGGAGUGAGCGCGGCGGCAGCAGCGGGGGUGGAGGUGGAGGCGGAGGUGGUUUCCAGCACUUCCAGAGGGACCAGGAGACCCAGGAGCUGGCGUCCAAGCGCCUCGACAUUCAAAAUAAGCGCUUCUACCUGGACGUGAAGCAGAACAGCAAGGGCAGAUUCAUCAAAAUCGCCGAGGUUGGGGCCGGGGGCUCCAAAAGUCGUUUGACCCUCUCCCUGUCGGUGGCGGCGGAGUUCCGGGACUACCUCGGGGAUUUCAUCGAGCACUACGCCCAGCUUGGGCCUAGCAGCCCGGAGCAGAUAGCCCAGGCUUCCAUGGGGGAGGACGGCGGGCCUCGGAGGGCUCUGAAAAGUGAGUUUCUCGUCCGGGAGAACCGCAAAUACUACCUGGACUUGAAGGAGAACCAGCGGGGGAGGUUCCUCAGGAUCAGGCAGACCGUUAACCGGGGACCCGGCUUUGGUGUUGGGGGCCCUGUGGGCGGCAUGCUGGCCGGUCAGACCAUAGCCCUUCCGGCUCAGGGGCUAAUAGAGUUCAGAGACGCCCUCGCUAAGCUCAUAGACGACUACGGGGGAGACGACGAGGAGCUGGCCGCGGGCAACGCCGCCGCGGGGGGGUUCAGCGAGCUCCCCGAGGGCACGUCCAUCAUGGUGGACUCUAAGCGGUUCUUCUUCGACGUGGGCUCCAACAAAUACGGCGUGUUCCUGCGGGUGAGCGAGGUGAAGCCCAGCUACAGGAACUCUAUCACCAUCCCCUUCAAAGCCUGGAGCAAAUUCGGGGGAGCGUUCAGCCGAUACGCGGAGGAGAUGAAGGAGAUCCAGGAGAGGCAGAGGGAUAAAAUGUACGAGAGGAGGGACGAGUCCGAGGGAGACGACGUGGAGGACGACUGAGAGGAAAUGAAAAAAGAAACAGCUGUUAGUCCAUGACAGAUCUGCAAUAUAGCCAAGGGGGUAUUUUGCAAAAAAAAAAAAAAAAAAGAGAUAAAGUGCAUGACAAAUCGUGCUGUUAUAGCCUACUAAAAAAGUAUCGUGUAAAGUACAUGUGCAAGGGGAAGUUUUUGGUGUAUUAUCCUAAAAAAAAAAAAGUUUGUAGGGUUGAAGGUUGGAGUGGUUGUGUGAAAUCUUUGCAAGUGGAUUAAAUGUGUAAAAUGAGAUAUUUUGAUAUCUCAUUUGGCUGAUUUAAAAAAAAAAAAAA